CACACUCUUAUGCAGCAACUUCAUGUCAUUGAACAGAGGGACAUGUCUAUUGAUGACUAUUAUUCUGCCUUUGAUCGGUUGAUGGGUUCUUUGAUCUCCAUGGUACCUCAAUGUACAGCUGGUCAGACUUGUACAACACUUUCUUUUAUUGAGCAGUUUCUCACUUACAGAUUUGUCAUGGGACUUAGGGCAGAGUUCGAUUCUAUCCGUACAAGGCUGCUUCAUACUUCUUCUACUCUGACUAUGGCACAAGCAUUGUCAGAAUUACUUGCUGAAGAGACACGUCUACAGUCCCUGUCCUCUUCUGUGUCUCAGCCUCACAGUGUCUUGGUCACUUCUCGUAGGAAGACCAGUACCACCAGAGAACCCUGUCAGCAUUGUGGCAAGAACACUCAUAGUUCAGAUGCUUGUUUUGCUAAGUAUCCAGAGAAAUUGGCUGAAUUUCGUGCCCGCCGUGCUGCUCGUGGUCGUGGUACCUCUUCCACUCCUCGAGGUUCAGGAGGUUCAGGAUCUGUUGGAUCAGUUUCUGUUGCUGCUACAUCAUCUACUACAGCUCCUUCGUCGUCUUGGGUGCUUGAUUCAGGACCGUCGCAGCGGACAAGUGAUUGGGACUGGCCAUCGCCGUAAAGGUGCUUCUAGCCUCUACGUUUUGGACACCUUGUGCCUUCCUUCCUCUGUUGGGUCUCCAGCUUCUGUGUCAUCUGCUACAUUGUCAUCUGCAUCUUCCUUCGCUAAAUGGCAUCAUCGUCUUGGUCAUC